AGAAAACAAAAAGAGACAAGAAUACACAAGUUGUUUUUGUUGUACAAAUGGCGGUUCAUUAACAAAUUGAAACGCUAAACGAACUGAAACAUAUGUGGAAAAGUUAAAUAGUUGUUUAAAGCAAGGGAAUAAUUUGGAAUAGGGAGAGUGAUGACAGAAAAAGAAACAAUAGUAAAAGAAGGUGGAAAAAAAAGACCGACACAACGACAAAACACAGAAGAGAAGCGUGUGUGUUAAUUUAUAAUUUUUUGUGUGGUGUUACAAAAGGCUAGAGGAAUUAUUAUUUUACAGAAAAAAACGGCAUAAAUUCAAGAAAAUUUAAUAAAUUUUUGAUUUUGUUAUUGCUUAAUGGGCAAAUAAGAAAUUAAAUAAAAAAAGUUUAAAAAUUUAAAGGAAAUUGUGGGUUUUUCACUUUGAAAAAAAAAGCCACAAAAGACUAGAAAAGAGGAGGAAAAUCUUAAAACCAUUUUCUUCUCUUACAUUUAAGAUAGACAUUGAACUUGUUGUAAAGCAGGAAAUUUACAAAAAAAAAAAAGAAAAAAAAUUAAAAAGCUGCCAACAUAUCAACGAGCGUGCAGCGAUCGAUUGAUCAUUAAGUGGUUGGCAGAAGCAGAUCAUCAUUACCCAAACCCAGCAACAGCCACCCAGAAGUAAUACAUAGUAGCAAAUAUUUUCUGCUCUAUACACGCACAGACACAUAUCGUCGUCUCAUCCAAAGGAAGACAAACACUAUCCUAUCUGUUUGUCUAACAAUAAAAGUCCAAACAAGAUUUAUCAUUAAACAUACGCACUUUUUUCAAUAUUUUCGCCUUCACUCAACACGUACGCAAGGUGCGCGGUUUAAGCGGCCAACAUUUAGUAACAAGUUCUUGUACAACAAAUCAAAAGCCGCCAACCACAAUAAGUUUCUUGAUCUAAAAGAAAACUUGUAAAGGAAAAAUAUUAUCCUUUAUAUUAGCAAUAGCAACAUAAUUUUUAUUAUUUAACUGCAACAGCAGCAAAAAUAAGAAAAUAACAGCAGCAGCAGCAACAACAACAACUACAGCAAAUAUGGAAAAAAGAAUAGAAUUGGAAAGACGCGCUCGUAAAGCUAAUCAAAUUACAGAAUUAAAUUUGGACAAUUGCCGGAGUACAAGCAUUGUUGGCCUUACCGAUGAAUAUACAGCGUUGGAAUCACUAAGUCUAAUUAAUGUUGGCCUUACAACAUUAAAAGGUUUUCCCAAAUUACCCAAUUUAAAGAAACUGGAAUUAUCAGAUAACAGAAUAUCAAAUGGCCUCAAUUAUUUGCAUACUAGCCCAAAAUUACAAUAUUUAAAUUUAUCCGGUAAUAAAAUCAAAGAUUUAGAAGCCUUAAAACCUUUGGAAGAAUUUAAACAUUUAGCCAUAUUGGAUUUAUUUAAUAAUGAAGCAACACAAAUUGAAAAUUAUCGUGAGAAAAUUUUUGAAAUGUUGCCUUCAUUAAGAUUUUUAGAUGGAUUUGAUUGUAAUGAUGUCGAGGCGCCUUCAGAAGGUGAUGACGAGGAAGACAAUUUAAAUUAUUAUGAUAAUGAUGAGGACAAACAAAAUGCAUUCACUUUAAAUGGUUUAGAAAUUGAUUUGGAUGAAUUAGAAGAAUUUGAAAAACGUGUCAAAGCUAAACGUGAAGCAAAAUUAAAGCAGCAACAAGAAAAUAAUGUUACUACAAAUGACCAAACAACGGUCAAUAAGACGGACAACAGUGCUGCAACUGAGUUGGCAGAAGUUGAUGAACUAGAUGAAUAUUUAAAAACUUUAAAAUUAAAAGAACAGAAAAAUGAAAAAGAGAUAACAUCUACGACAAAUACUACUAAUACUACUGAUUCCACAAUGAAUUCUUCGAACAAUGUAGGAACGUCGGCAAAUUUUGUUCUUUUAUUAUAUUGGUUUUUAGCCAUUUUAAAUUUAGCCAGUGCCACAUUUAGUAAUCAUGACAAUGAAAGUGAUGAAGAAAAUGAUAGUGAAAUGUAUGGCAGUAGCGAUGAUGAGGAUAAUGAUGUAUCAUUAUCUGAGGUUUAUAAUGAUGAUUUAGAAGAGGAUGAAGAUGAAUGGGAUGAAGAAAAUGCUGCUGAAAAUGAUGAUGAUGAAGAUGAAGAUAGUGAUGAGGAUGAGGCCAAUGAUUCAGCUGUAGCAUCAAAUGCUGAUAAAGAUGCUGGCGAGGGCAAUGCUAAUGCCGAAGAAACCCAGGCACGGGGUAAGAAAAGAAAGCAUGAGGGUUAAAACCAUAAACUUUAACAAAUUUUCGGUUAAUCAUCCCGUUAUUUUCCAUGUGUUUUUCUUUUUUAUUAAAUCUUUAUAUACAUCGUCGUUUUUAUAUUAAUGCAUCAUAAUUUUACUUUAUACAAAACAACCAAUUAUAAAAAAGAAGAGAAAAAAAAAACAUUUGCAAGUUUUAUUUUUCGUAUAAGAAAAGCUGAAACAAAAUCAAAUUAA